CUAUCUACAUGCACUAAAUUUCUACUAAAAAGACGAGCGCAAAAUAGAUCUGCAUCAUUUAUUUCAUCAAGAACAUUUUCAUAUGAAAGAAAUAAUGUCAUCAAAGCGUCGACGUCCUUUUUUGCUAUCAUGUUGGGCAGCCGUUGUUGCGUCCUGUGCUUGUGCAGGGCUACUUGUGGAUGCAACAGCAGGCUCCAACAGGGGAGCAGGUGGGCAGAGAGGCCGUGCCGGCCAACCAGGACAGAAAGCUGCUGCUGGUAAUCUUAAGGCGCGAUCAUCUAUUUCAUUCAAGAAGUUUUUUCGUUUUUGUGGUCAUCUUUUUUUUUUUGUUUUUUCAUCAUGCUGCUCUGUCUUCUAAUGCAACCAGCAGAAGUUCUGGCAACCAACAUCAUCAUGGAAGCGGUUUUCCUCUGGUAGAGGACACCCCGACAGCACGGCGCAGAGCAGCAGCUGGACAUGCCGAACAAGCUAAGGCAAUCAUAAUUACCGUAUUUAAAAUAUGAAAGAAAAAAUAAGUGCACUCACACUCAACAAAAAAAGUGGCUAUUUUCCUACUUAAAUCCUAGCCAAUUUCUUGAGUGUGAGUGCACUUUUUCGCUUCAUGUCAAGACUCGAUCAGGGAUGAAUCAUCUUGAGAAGUUGCAUCUUUGGCCCCUUUUUGAUGAAGGGGACAAAUGAGAAUAAAGAUGUUGAGGAGGCUCGCAAGAUAAAUUAUUUGGGUAAACUCUAAUUAAGGAGCUUUUCCAGGAGUGCCAGUACCUCCGAUAUCACCUGCCGGCUCGUCUUCCACCACCCCAGGUAGUGACUUGGGAACGGCAGGACCUACUUCUGGGGGUCGUCGUGGACGCAGUCCA